AUGUCGUCGUCUGCGGCAAAGAAGCCCCUCAAGGGCAUCCUCAAGCAGCCUAAAACGCCCGCCGCCCAGCCAGAAGAGAACGGCAAGCAGGCGGAGGCGCGGCGGAUAGCAGUCCAGCAUGCCACCAUCAUCCAGCAGCAGAAGGACAUCCAGGACGAGAUAUUCCGCUCCCUCCUGCGGCUCCUAGACUUCCCGUUGGCAGCAGGCGACGACGACAAGGGGACCGCCGACGGCAAGCCUCCACCACCGCCGGCGGCCAAGUACAGCGCAUCGAACCCCGCCGCCUCGGACGCGGCCGAGUUCAAGCGCCUCGUCCGCAUGUUCCAGCCGACCGACUACGACGACCUGAUCGAGGAGCGCAACAUCGCGGGGUCCUGCGGCUACGCGCUGUGCCCGCUCCCGCACAAGCGGAUCCCCAACGCCGGCACGUGGAAGAUGGUGAACAAGGGCCGCGCCGACUUCGACAUUGUGCGCACCGCCGAGCUCGAGAAGUGGUGCUCCGACGACUGCGCCCGCCGCGCGCUCUACGUCAAGGUCCAGUUGCACGAAACGGGCGCCUGGGAGCGCAUCGGCAUGCCCGACGUGCGCAUCGACUUGUACGGCGAGGACGGCCCCAAGGCGAAGAAGGGAGACGCCGCCCCGCCCGCCGAUGAGAAGCUCGCCGAGGACAUCGCGCGGCUCAGGAUAGACGCGGAGGGCAUAGCGGCUACGGAGGAAUCCAAGACCCUGGCUCUCGAACGCGGCGAUACAAAGAGAAAGGGCAAGGAGAGUCUGAUCGACUUUGACAUCCGGGAGAAAAAGACCAUCGCAGCACCAAAGCCCCCUAGCAAAGAGCAGGACUCCGAUGGAGAGGACGACGUACAUAUGCUGCUCGAAGGCCACAAGCCCCGCUGA